CUCACGAUGGGCUCAUCCGUUAUGGAAUAUGCAAAGAUUAUUCCGUCAGUAUCUUCUUUGCUGCCUCUGUACGCGUCGUUUUCCACCUCUUUGAUGCUUCUGCGCAACGCCUACCAUGAGCUGGUUCCGGAGAAGCUGGAAUCCUUCUUGCUCUCCAAAUUUGAAUACUUUUUCUCUCGUAGAAAAUCCAAGCCUUCUUAUGAUACUUUCGUCAUUGAUGACUCGUGGGAAGGCCAAAAUCGCAACAAGCUUAUUGAUAUAUCAAUAUUUUAUCUUUCCAACAAGAUUGGCCACAAGAACAAGAUCAUCAGGAUUGGCAAGUUCAAAGGACGUAAGAACGUAAUGACUGGCCUGGUGAAGGGGGAGGAGAUUGUUGACAUCUUUGAGGGUAUAGAAAUUACUUGGUUUUUCAAUUGCAGAAAGGAGGAAGAUGGGAGUGAUGAGUAUUUUGAAUUAAGUUUUGAAGAUAAAUACAGAGAAAAGGUUUUUAAUGAGUAUUUGGAUCAUGUUAUUCGUACCUACAAGGCCAUGAAUAAAGAAGAAAAGGGUUUGAGAUUCUACUCAUGGGAAUGGCCUUCAUGGCAUUGGAUUGAGUUUCAACAUGCAGCCACGUUUGAUGUGCUGGCCAUGGAUUUUGACUUGAAGAAAGCUAUCAUGAAUGAUUUAGACAGGUUCUUGUCCAGGAAAGAUUACUACAAGAGAAUUGGCAGGCCCUGGAAGCGUGGUUAUUUAUUGUACGGUCCUCCUGGAACUGGGAAAUCAAGCCUAGUUGCUGCUAUGGCUAAUUACUUGAAUUAUAAUGUUUAUGAACUGGAGCUUGCAGAUAUUGGAUCUGAUUCUGAUUUGAGAGAUGCCAUGUUUCAUGUAGGUAGAAAAUCCAUAAUCGUGAUUGAAGACAUAGAUUGUAAUUCAGGGGUUCAUGAUCGAUCAAAAACAGACGAUUCUAUAUCCGAUUCCAAUAAGAAUUUCAGCCUCUCUUCCCUGCUAAACUGUAUAGAUGGGCUGUGGUCGAGCUGUGCAGAAGAGAGAAUAAUAAUAUUUACCACAAAUCACAAAGAAGUUUUGGACCCUGCAUUGCUUCGUCCAGGACGGAUGGAUAUGCACAUUCAGAUGUCCUACUGCACUACUGAAGGAUUCAGAGUCUUGGUCUCCAACUAUCUUGGAAUAAAAGAGCAUCCUCUCUUUGAAGAAAUCGAUGGCUUGAUCCGAAGAAUGGAUGUCACCCCUGCAUCGCUAGCUGAAGAACUAAUGAAGAGUGACGAUGCCGAUGUUGCUCUUGGAGAAGUAGUUAAUUUCCUUAAGCAGAAGAGGACGGAAAAACAUAAAAAUAUAGAAGAAGUAAAUUAAGCUAAGCUCAGUCGAGUUAAAUCCUUUUUCUUCUAGUGAGCUCAUAUGGUCAUAAAUAAACAAGUGCUUGAGUUUUUGUCCUUCCAAAUGCUUACUCGUAGGAGAGUUGCCUUGUAUUCUCUACACAAUUAAGUACGAUUUGUUGCUUCCUAUUGUGAAUGACAGUCUCAAAAGAUAAUUACUCUUCUAAGCAACUAGCAAGAAACUCUUUUA